AGUUGCAGGUAUAUAGAUUAUAAUACAAAAAGAAUAAAACAGUUAACGUUAAAUACGAGAGUAACAUGAAAAUGGUGAAAUUCAACAUAAAUUGGAAAUUAAUUUCAAAAAGUCCCAAUAGUAUUCUAAAUAGUAAUUAUCGAUAUCAAGUUUUGGCCACCUUAACAGUCAGUAUUUUAACAUUUUCACAUGGUAUUGGUUUAGGUUGGUUAUCGCCAACACUUUCCAAACUGCAGUCGGAAUCCUCUCCUUUAUAUUUCUCCAUUUCGGUUACUGAGGCAUCAUGGAUUGGCUCCCUAUUAGGACUUGGCAGUAUGUGUGGAAAUAUAGUGGUUGGUUUUUUACAAAAUAUCGUUGGACGUAAAUUUGCUAUAUAUUUUUUAGCUUUUCCUCAUGUUUGUUUAUGGAUCCUAAUCUACUGCGCACAAAGCGUUGAAUAUUUAAUGGUCGGUCGAUUUUUAGGUGGUUUUACAGGAGGUGGAUGUUACGUAGUCUUUCCGCUUUUUAUAAGUGAAAUUGCAGAUCCCAACAUCCGGGGAACUCUGUCAACAAUGCUUAUGUUGUCAGUCAAUUUUGGAAUUUUAACUGGUUUUAUCUUGUCCUCUUAUUUAGAUUAUCAUCUAAUACCAUUUUUGACGAUAUCUUUGCCAAUUAUUUACUUAGUUGGUUCAUAUUUCUUUCCAGAAACGCCGCAACAUCUAUUACAUAAAAAAAACUAUAAUGAUGCUGAAAAGUCAUUUAGAUUUUAUAGAAAUUGUAGCAGUGACCAUAAGCCCCAGAGUGACAAUACUUUUGACAAUUUUAAAUCAAACAUUGACAAAAAUAAUCAAGAGACAUCUUUAUCGUAUCGAGAUUUUUUAACAAAACCAGCCGUUAAAUCAAUUAUCACCGCCGCCGUCUUACUAUUUGUGAAUCAAUUUAGUGGAAUUUUUGCUUUUGUAAAUUACAUGUCGAAUAUUUUUGCCGAUUCUGGUUCUGCAAUGGAUCCCAAUACUAGUACUAUCAUUAUGGGAACUUUACAAAUUGCCGGAACAUACGCUGCUACUUUAUUAGUAGAUACAUAUGGACGUAAAAUAUUAAUGCUUUGGUCAACUGGAGGUAUGACUGUAGGAUUGGCCAUAUUCGGAGCGUAUACACAUUUUUCACGCAUUGCCGAUUUAUCUGGAUAUUCGUUUGUACCGCUUGUUCUUAUGGGAUUCGUUGUAUUUGUCGGUAAUAUGGGGAUGAUUGCACUAACAUUUGUUAUUCUCGUGGAGAUUUUUCCUGUAAAGAUUCGUCCGAUUGCUGCAUCUGUCUCAAUGACUACAUUAAGUUUUCUGGUAUUUGCUAUGCUUAAAAUAUUUCCAUUGUUCAUGGAUUCCUUUGGUAUUUCUAUAACUAUGUGGUCCUGUUCCACAGUCUGCGGUUUAAGUUUUAUUUAUCUGUUCGUAUUUCUAGUUGAAACUAAGGGCAAAUCUAUGGAUUGCGAUUAGCAUACAUAUUUUGUGACAAUGAUUAAAUAUAUAUUAACUAUGUAACUACAAUUAUACAAGUUUUUUAAU